AAAACCUGAUAAGCUGGUUCCCAAAGUUCGUUUCUCAAGAUGACAACAAGGCAAAGCAGUGUGCAUAGUGUAGUAGUUUAUGCAAGCCCACAGAAAUCUCAGCAGCUAGUUGAAGAGCUUUCGACCACAAAGCUGCUCCAAUAAUGCCCGAACCAUUGAGCACACCGUCGAAUUCAGACCUGACCACCUCAGAAGAAUCAAGCACAGCUAGUCCACUCUUAUCUAUGGCCAGUCUGUCCAGCUCACUGAUGAUGGACCCCUCUCUUGUGUAUCAACCCACCACGCCGCCAGUGUACGUGAGCGCAACCAGCAAAGGCUCUAGUCAUCGUGACUCAUCCUGGUUGGAGCUGGAGAUCUGCAGUGAGUAUCUAAACCAAGGCUGUCCCAGAGGAGAGCUCUGUUGCUUUGCACACCCUCACAAAGGCACCCUGAUAGACCAGGGGGGAAAGCUCACUUGCUGCUAUGACUUCUUAAAGGAUCGUUGCCAUCGUGAUCACUGCAAGUACUUCCAUCCUCCCCCCCACAUCAAAGAGCAACUCGUGACUGCAGGGAAGCAGUUUGGAGCAAUGAUGUCUGGUUUCUACCCUGUCCCAGCCUAUCAACAAACGUUGCCAGUGGCCCCUGGCAUGCCUUCUCAGUAUGGUGAGUAUGGUGUCCUCCCUGCUCAAUUCACUGGAGACAAACUCUCCAUUUGUCGUGAUUACCUCACUGGGCAAUGCAGUCAGUCUCUCUGCCAUCUUGUGCAUCCUGAGCACUAUGUGCGUAGGAACCAUGAUGGGACGGUGACUAUGUGUAGAGACUUUGCUCGCAGUACUGGCUGUCCGAGGGAACAGUGUAGAUUCUACCACCCCCCUGCCCACAUCCAAGAGCUGAUUAGACCAGCUGGACUCUUUGCACCACCUCAGGGUAUGCAACAGAGCAUGUUUAUGCCAACACUGAUGGGCCCAGGCUUCCAGCAGAGCACCCCCCUCUACUACUCACCCACUGCAUCCACCACCACUUUCAUGUACUUACCUGGGUCAUUCCCCGGUGGGAGCUCUCCUGUCUUCGUCCCUGUGUCAUAUCCCACUAACAUAUUCCCCCUCCCCUCCCCACUACCAGCACAAUCAGUCUCCAGUAGUAGUGGAGGUGGAGAAACAUUCUUACAAACCAUUGUGUCCCAUCAAACUAUUCAACACUAACAGUCAAUCAAUCUGUUGCAUACAAUUUUUGUUAUUUGGUGUAUAACAUUUUUAUGUAUUAUUGAUUUUUUAUGAAAUAAUUGUUGAUCCCCAGUG